GUUCAUGAUGCCCUUUAGAACCCAAAAAUAUUUAAUUAUAUGGAUCAAAUUUAAAACCUUUAUUGGCAAGGUUAAUAUAGUUAAAAUGGAAUGAAAGAUGGAAAUUAGAUUGCUUCUUUGGAUUCAGAAUAUCUAAAGAAUUUUGGUGGAUACUACAUAUUGGAGGUCAGCAAUUUAUUUUUAAACUAUGGAUAGUUAAGCAAAAGUGUUUUAAACUGGAGAAUAUCUUAAUAACUUAAGAAUUGGUAAUUAGAAUUAUAUUUUUUGUGAUAAGAAAUUGUAAUUGAGUUAUUAAUUCUUUCGUGGUGGUGGGUGGUAUAAAGAUGGAAAAAAAUAAGGCAAAUGGAUUGAGUUGGAUGAAAAUUUUUCUAUGAUGAGUUAAGUGACUUAUAAUGGUGAAUAUAGUAUGAAGUGUAUGAAAGUAGGUAAAUGGGAUAUUGGUUGUUGUGAUUCUUGGAAUACAGCAUAUAAAUAAAUGUAAAUAGUAUAUAAGUAUAGGUGAAUAAAAUAAUAUUUUAGUGGUGGUGGAACGUAUGGUGGGGGAGUGAAGGAUUAGAUUAAGAUUGGGAGAUGAGUAGAAUUGUGGGAAGAAUUUUCUUA